GUGAUCCGUUUGUGUGGGCACUGGAAUCCAGCGCCUACAAAACGCACUGUGCUUUCUGUUUCUAUAAGAGCGAAUCUUUAAGGACGUGUGCCGGAUGCCGUUUGCACCGCUACUGCAAUGCUACCUGUCAGACCGCCGACUGGAAACUGGAGCACAAACUGGAGUGCGCAACCCUGGCCAAGAUGGACACGGGAACGAAGAUGGAGGCGGUCCGCCAAUCGUCGGGCUGCGGGACAACUUUACAGUUUUACACCGCCCCUGGAGUUAGUCAUCAAAAUGGCCAACAAAGUCAGGCUGAACACGAUGGUGAACCUCCCCGGCAAGGGAGUGCGCCCUGCGCGGGAGCUGGUGGAGAUGCUGCCGCAACAUCCGGCGUAUCAGGACAAGAAAAGCAUGCAGAAGAGGAUGGGACUUCCGGACGUGGAGCCGCUCUCGGGGGUCGCUGUGCUGGAUAUCCUCACCUACCACGCCAUUGUCGCCUGCAAUACGGAGACCAUCUACAAUACGGUCAGCGGCACCGCACCCAUUGGAUUCGCCGUGUACCCGGUGAAGCCGCAGCGCCUCAUGACGGCGGUGUGCUGGGAUGUCAAUGUCGUCAUCAACUUCCGGGGACGCUGUAUGGUCAUCCACGCCACCGAAGACAUCCCCGUGUACAACGGGAUGAAGGAUCUGCGCUUCAGUAAUUUGCGACAACAGUUCUUCUCGACGAGAGACGAACGUCGUGGCAAUUUUGAGAAGAGUACCGGCGGACAUCCGUGCACAUGCCGGAAAUGCACGGAGAAAUAUGAUGCUGAGAUCAAUAUGCUGAAGUGUGUGACUGCCGGCUGCAGCAGUCGGAUUCCCAGCGACCGGCGGGCGAUGGAAGCAUGCACGGAUUGCGGCGCCGUCAACGGCGAACGGCUGAAAGAAUUCCGUCGUUACAUGCAGCGGUUCGCCUCCAUUAAGGCCAGCUAUCCCGCGCAGCCCAAGAUCACCAAAGCCCAGGGGAUGCUGCUGUGCGAGGAGAUGGACGCGGCCGGCAUCCUGCAGCCGGAUGCGCAUUUUCGUUUUGUCUGCGGCUGGGAACUGCCGCGCAAGUACUUCCUGGAGGACCGCUUUGAGGACGGCUGGAAGAUGACACAGGAAGUGGUCGCCUGUAUGCGAAGCAUCUAUCCCAAGUACGAAACGUACGGCGCUGUGCUGCUGACGCUAGCUACCAUGCAUGCCGCCGAAGCGUUGGAAAAGCACGUGGUGGACAGAGUGAAGAAGCUGCCGAAGCCGGCAAAGAAACAGCUGGAGAAGCUAUCCUCCGAAGCUUUUCGCGUCCUUAUCGAAUACUGUCAGGCGGCGCUGCAUAUCAUGACGGUGGUGUAUGGGGAGGAAUCCGAGGAAGCCGAGAUUGCCAAUAAUCAGCUGACUGGAGUAACCAAUCAGUCGCGCAAAAUCGCAGCCAUGUUUCGCGCUGGUAAAUAAACCCAUCGAUCCGGGGGUGUAGUGUUGUUCUGACAAUGCUUCUACUUUUUUUUCUCAAGCGAAACCGUUGAAACGGCGAGCUAGCGUUGUUCCACUGAGUGUGCAUAAUUAUGUAAGCACUGCUGAAGUGCCUCUCCUUUUUAACAUUGUUUCCGAAUCACG